UACCCUUCACGCGUUUGUCGGCUCAAGUUUUCCGGAUUUUUAGCCCACAUUAUUACGAAAAUGUCGUACUUAUUCAAAGUUUCCAUCCUGAAACGACCACUCGAAGCCGUGUGGAAAUCGCAGCGGAUAUCCUCUGCCGCGGUACGAUUUUGCAGCGGCUCUAAAACACCCGCUAGCGAAACCGGUGAAAAUCAACCAGAGCAGCAGGAAGAACGUAAGCUGAGUGGAUUCGCCAAGGCAUUCGAGAAGCAUGCCUCGGCGGUGGACGAGAAGGGAACCGAGGAACCGUCCAAAACGUUCGCUUCGUUGAUGAGGAAUUCAAAGUUUGUGGAUCUUGGCGAUCCGGAGAAUAAAGUUGUGACCGGAAAGAUUUUCCACGUAGUGGAUGAUGAUCUGUACAUCGAUUUCGGUUGGAAGUUCCAUUGCGUGUGUACGAGGCCGGUAAAGAAUGCAGAGGAAUAUGUCCGUGGAGCCCGAGUUCGACUGCGUAUUCGUGACCUCGAACUGUCGACACGGUUUCUAGGAUCGGACAAAGAUCUUACCUUGCUCGAAGCGGACUGUCAAUUGUUGGGAUUGAUUUCCUCUCCUGCCAGGCCACAACAGGCGAGGACCGUAGAAGCAUCGUCCUAACUGUAAGUAACUUAGCUUUUUCUUGUUUGUAGAUAGUACCAUAAUAAUAUAGACACGCUUUUUC